AUGGAAUCGCUAAGCGCUCUUAACAAGAGGCGAGGGUCGCUUAGAAUGAAAGUAACCUGUUUCCAAAAUUUCCUUAAAGCUGCGGCAUCAAAAUGUUCUGGUGAUAAUCAAACGCUAGAUGAGACGACAAAGGAGGAAAUUAGUCAGCGCCUCAGUAGGCACAUGAAUAUUUUGGAAUUCUAUGAGGACAUACAAGGUAGCAUAGACGUAAUUACAGAGGACCCUGAGGAAACUAUCGGGUAUCGUGAGCAGUUUGAAUCAGAAUACUACGAGGCCAUAAAGACGGCUAAUAGUUUGAUAGGUAAGUGCCAUCCAACAAGGGUAGAUUCGUUCGCGGAGACAAAUUUUGCGCAGUCUAAUGGUCAGCAACGCAAUGUGAUUGAAAAUAGUUUCGAACAACUCCAGGUGCAAGCGAACACGCAAGUAGCUCAGCACAGCAACCUUUCGUCAUCUAAUUCCGCGGGCGUUACAUUUACGGUUGAUGAAUACGAGUAUACCGAACAAAAUUACGAGAUUGUUUGGGACGCAUUGCACAGACGGUACGAUGAUCCUAAAUUGCUAAUUCAUAAUCACAUUGAAGCGAUGUUCAAGAUAAAGGCUAUAAAUAACAAUGAUUCAGCUCGUGAAUGGGAAAAACAAAAAUUACUUUUGUCAGACAAGCCGAAGUUUGAGUAUCUGAUAAAAGCGUUGCGCGAUAGGGUAACAUUGUUGCAAACUAUAGAGAGGAAAACCGGUGGGAUCAAGGCAAAGGGGAACUCGCAAAGCAAAACUAAUGCACUUUUAGUUAGUAAAGCAAGCUCAACGGCAUUAGUGAGCGUAAGCGGUACUAGUGACAUGAAAUGCAACGUUCGCGCAUUCUUAGAUUCAUGCGCUCAAUCAAAUUUCAUAUCGGAAAACUUAUGUAAUAAGUUAAAGCUCGAAAAGAUCCCGAUAAAUACGCAGGUGAUGUCAUUAAAUCAACCCGGGCCUAAAAUUAGGCACAAAUGCGAAUUCGAAAUCAGGGCGCGUAAUGGGGGUUUCAGAUUCAAAGCUAUAUGUCUCGUUACUCCGAAAAUAGUAGAUGACGUAAUGCCCAGUGAGAAAAUCGAUACAAAGGGUGUCAGAAUUCCGUCUCAUCUGAGACUAGCAGACCCGUCGUUUAAUGUGCCCGGGCAAAUAGAUUUAUUAAUUGGCGCACAAUGGUUCUGGGAGACAUUCUUUGCAUUGGGAUGGAUGGUAGGAGGACCUAUGAGCGCGGCAGCUCCAAAAGUAAUGCAAUGCAAUUCCAUCAUACAGGCAAAUCUAGAUCAGCAGCUGAUUAGAUUCUGGGAAAUCGAAGAGACACUUGAUGCAAGGGCAUUGUCAAAGGAAGAAAAAGAUUGCGAAUCUCAUUUUGUGAAAACUGCGCGUCGCGAUAGGGAUGGACGUUUCAUUGUAAAUAUACCCUUUAAGGAGUCACCGACGUGUUUAGGAGAAUCUAGACCGCUGGCUGAGAAACGCUUAAUAGCUUUAGAAAGAAGGUUCAAGGCGCGUCCCGAAUUGCGCGAAGAUUAUUGCGCGUUCUUAAAAGAAUACGAGCAAUUAGGCCAUAUGAAUGAGGUCAACGAGGGCUCAGCAGAAUUUUCAUAUUAUCUGCCUCAUCAUUGCGUGAUGAAGAUGGAAAGCUGCACAACAAAAACAAGGGUAGUUUUCGAUGCAUCCGCUCCCACCACAAACGGACGAUCGCUAAAUUCUAUCCAAAUGAUCGGUCCGGUAAUACAAAGCGACUUGUUCUCCAUUCUUAUACGGUUUCGAAAGAAUGUUUACAUUAUCUCCGCGGAUAUAGCUAAAAUGUACAGGCAAGUGCUAAUAGCGGAGGAGCAGCGACCAUUACAAAGAAUCGUGUGGAGGGAGCAUCCCAAUGAUCCGAUUAAAUUUCGAGUUAAACACGGAAAGUCCGGAGAUAGCCAAAGUAACGACUUUUACGUCGACGACAUGCUAACAGGUAGUGACACAAGUGAAGGUGCGACUAAUAUCGCAAAGCAAACAUCCCAAACUCUCGCGAGAGGGUGUUUCAAACUCCGAAAGUGGGCAUCAAAUUGCCCAGCGGUUCUAAGCGAGAUAGGCGGAGAAGACGCAGUUACUAAUAACAUUCAAAUUCCAAAUGAUGGUCAAAGAAAAACGUUAGGGAUUACUUGGAACGCGCAAGCCGACGUCUUAGUUUAUGGGGUUAACAUACCAAACGGUAACAAGAUCACAAAGCGGCAUAUUUUAGCUGUAAUAUCGAAAAUAUUCGAUCCAUUGGGGCUAUUGGCUCCUUGUAUAGUGCUAGGAAAAAUAAUAUUGCAAAAAUUGUGGUUGGAAAAGUUUUCAUGGGAUGAGUCUUUGCCAUCCGAGUUACAUCACCAUUGGCAGCAGUACAGUGAGCAGUUAAACGUGCUCAACAAUUUGCAAAUCCCUCGUAAAACAAGGAUAGCUCCGUUAAAGACGCAGACUAUACCCCGUCUUGAAUUAUGGGCAGCAUAUUUGUUAGCGAAAUUAGUCAAUACAGUAGUUUCGGCUCUUGACGAGAACUUAGAGGCAACCACUCUCUGGUGCGAUUCUACGAUAGUAUUAGGCUGGAUACGUACUCAACCAAAUCUUCUCCCGGUUUUCGAAUCCAAUAGAGUAGCGCGCAUUCAGGAGUUAACCGAGAUAGGGGCGUGGAGGCACGUGCCCACGGGAAGCAACCCUGCCGAUUGGGCAUCACGCGGAGCGAAUCCAAAUGAGCUACAGGGCGCUAACAUCUGGUGGAACGGACCUGAAUUUUUGCGAAGAAACCCCGAGUAUUGGCCUAAAAUGCCAAACGUAGAGCCCACCACAAAUACGGGGAAUUCCAUAUUUUUCGUAAAAACAUCAAAAAGUACAAUGAUAGACGAAUUGUUCAAACGGCAUUCAAAGUUGCCUAAAAUCAUAAAAAUUUUCGCUUAUUGUCGUAGAUUUAUACAGUGCUUGAAAACAAAACAGAAGCAAGCAGGGGACAUAAGUGCUGAGGAAUACGAAAAUUCUCUAAUAGAACUAGCCAAAAUGUCUCAGCUUAAUGCCUUUGAAGAAGAAAUAGACUCACUUGGGGCCGGUGUCCCAAUUACAAAGGGAAGAUUAGCUUCCUGA